AUGGCUCCCUUCGGAAAGAUCUACACCUACCCCAAUAACGCUCGGGUGAAGAAGGCGCAAGCAGUUGCUAACAUCAACAACCUCGAACUCACCAUCUCCGACUCCCAAAUGGGCAUCACAAACCGCACUCCCGAAUUUCUCGCCAAAUUCCCCGUCGGCAAAGUUCCUGCCUUCGAAGGCGCUGACGGCACGACUCUCGUUGAAUCCGACGCCAUCGCUCAAUAUUUAGCUGAGAGCGGCCCUGCUGCUUCUCAGCUCCUCGGAAACAACCCUCUUCAGCGCGCCCAGACCCGCCAGUGGAUCCUCUUCGCCGACGGAGAGACCAUUAGCCCCGUUAUUCAGCUGGUUCUGCCUCGUGUGGGACUAGGUGCGUUUGACGCUGAGAAGGAGAAGGUUGCUCUUGAGCACCUGAAUCAUUCUCUCGGCGUCCUGGAGAAGCAUCUGAAGAGUAGAGGAAAGAAGUGGCUUUCCUCUACUGAGGAGCAGGGGCUGAGCUUGGCAGAUAUUUCUGUUGCUUCUGCUCUGACGUGGGGCUUUGCUAGGAUUAUUGAUGCGGAGAUGCGUGCUAAGUAUCCCACUGUUGUGGAGUGGUUCAAGCGCACUGUAGAGACUGAAGGUGUUAAGCAGGCGUUUGGAGAGCAGGUCUUUGUUGAGAGGAGAGCAGCCCCUGCUGCUUGA